CUGCUCUUGGGAAGCCGUCUGUGGUACAGUAGUUGGAGCCUGUUCUCGGGCCUGAGCCUCGAGGGCCAGGCUCCUGGGUGUCGUUAAUGUUCGGGGCCGCCGGGCGCCAACCGAUCGGAGCUCCACCCGCCGGGAACAGCUGGCAUUUCAGUCGAACCAUGGAAGAACUGGUUCAUGAUCUUGUCUCCGCCCUGGAGGAGAGCUCCGAGCAAGCUCGGGGUGGAUUUGCUGAAACUGGAGACCAUUCUCGAAGUAUAUCCUGCCCUCUGAAACGGCAAGCAAGGAAAAGGAGAGGGCGAAAACGGAGGUCCUAUAACGUUCAUCACCCAUGGGACACUGGUCACUGCUUAAGUGAAGGUUCCGAUUCUAGUUUAGAAGAGCCAAGCAAGGACUAUAGAGAGAAUCACAAUAGUAAUAAAAAAGAUCACAGUGACUCCGAUGACCAAAUGUUGGUUGCAAAGCGCAGGCCGUCGUCAAACUUAAAUAAUAACAUUCGGGGGAAAAGACCGUUAUGGCACGAGUCUGACCUUGCUGUGGACAACCUCGGGAACAGGACGCUGCGCAGGAGGAGGAAGGUCAAACGCAUGGCGGUGGAUCUGCCGCAGGGGAUCUCUAACAAACGGACAAUGACCCAGCCACCCGAAGGCUGUAGAGACCAGGACAUGGAUAACGAUAGGGCUUUCCAGUAUCAAGAGUUUACCAAGAACAAAAUCAAAAAAAGGAGAUUGAAAAUAAUUAGACAAGGGCCAAAGAUCCAAGAUGAAGGAGUCGUUUUAGACAGUGAGGACAUAAGCCAGCCCAAUGAGGACAAAAUGGAAUAUGAAGAGCAGAAAGUCUCAGAUGAGCUGAUGAGUGAAAGUGACUCCAGCAGUCUCAGCAGCACUGAUGCUGGUUUGUUUACCAAUGAUGAGGGAAGACAAGGUGACGAUGAGCAGAGUGACUGGUUCUACGAGAAGGAAUCAGGCGGAGCCUGUGGAAUCACGGGAGUCAUACCCUGGUGGGAGAAGGAAGACCCUACCGAGCUAGAUAAAAAUGUACCGGAUCCUGUCUUUGACAGUAUCUUAACUGGGUCUUUCCCCCUGAUGUCCCAUCCUGGCAGAAGAGGGUUCCAAGCUAGACUCAGUCGCCUUCAUGGAAUGCCUUCAAAGAAUAUUAAAAAAUCUGGAGGGACCCCAACUUCAAUGGCUACAAACUGGACCAGUGAGAUUCCCCUAUAAACCAAAUCUUCUAAUGUUAAUAAAUUAGUUACGGUUUGAACAUCUGGGGAAUGACAUUCGAGGGAACCUGGCUCCUGUCCUCUUCCCUGGAGGAAUAUCAUUGAAGUGAGAGCCUCUGUGAUGAAAAGAUGGGGCUGUUUUGGCUGGAGGACUGGGGUUCUUCCUUUUAGUUGGAAGGGAACCUGAGUGGGGAGGCUUUCUAGCUACCUAGGUUGACCCAGGGUGGGUAGAAACUGCUGUAAAUUUUAUAUACUCCUCUCUUUUAUGCUUAAAACAUUUUUUAUACUUGAAUCCAUUUAUGUAUUACUGCUUUGCCAAAAUGCUGCCAAAAGUUAGAACAUUAAAAACUUUUCAGAUCUAACCUAAGUAUUCCUUAAUGUUUAUGUUUUCACAUUAUAUUGUUGUAACUAAUAAAUGUAAUGCAUCAACAGCAACAGUUCAUUUUUUAGAAGAGUUUUAUAUAACCAGUAUAAUUUGAAAUAUUUGCAUUUUACUCAGGGCAUUUUAACAAGGGCUAAAAUGAGUAGUAAGUAAUGUUGGUAAUCUGUACUAACGUUUGUAUUUUAUUUAGUUUGCUUCCUAUAUGGAUAAUCUGUUCUGUAUUGCAAACCCACUGUACUGUAUGGUAUAGUUUACAUUGUACUAAUGAACAUUUUAAACUACCCCCAGCAAUAACUAGUCCAUAGUAGCAGAAUCAUUUACUAUUCCUUUUCAAACUACCUGCUUUGUCUGAUACCUGAAGCCAAUUAAAAAAUUGUGAGUUUUACUUUGACCGUAAUGAAAUCAUGUGAAAACUGGUAUCUCAACAACUAUGACUUUCAAUCAUGUAGGAUUUUAAAGUAAGAGCUGUUUGAAUUCUCUUAGCAUAGCCAGCCAAAUGUGCCACUGUAAGUGUCUGAAGUACGUGCUUGAGGUCAUUUUCAGUAAGCAGGAAGAAAAUGUAACAUUUUUUACUGUAGGAACACUUGAUUCUACCUGCUAGCCAUUUGAGUUCUGAGAAACGAUGAUGGUAGGAUGAGUUACAUUUAUAAAGUUCUAGUCAUUGAUUAAAACUGGUUGAGUACAUAUAUUUUUCUAUUAUUCUCUAGAUUGUUAAUGCAGUGUUUAAUGGUCAACUUAAAUAGGAUCAUUGGAAAGGAAACUUGAAGUUGACAUUUCCUUUAUCUAAAACUAGUACAGUCUGUAAGAAUUCAGCAAAUGUAUUGAGUUGAAAUUGAUAACAGCUCCCCCUUUAGGUGUCCUUUUUAGACUAGAGAGUUUACAAAAUGACAAAGUGCAACUUUAAAUCUUUUUACCAUUGCAUAUUUAAAUUGAGAUUCUAAAAGCCAUGGUAAGGUGGUGUUUGGUAACUGUAACUGAGCUAUCGUGCGCCUUGUUCUUUGGUGUGGGAAUUCAUGAAUUUUUUUUUUCUUUCUGAAUUAAGAAAUGCUUUUAUUUUGUAUAAUGACGAUCUUUUAGAUAUGAAUAAGUCCCUUUAAAUCUUGGCCUAUGAGCUUUGUCUUACCAAUCAUGAAUCUAGAUGAAUGUUGUCUAGUUCUUGGUUCAAUUUUACCUAUUUUUAUUUUUGGUUCACUGCUUGCUUGAACAUAGCUGGGAUUUGUAGCCCAUUUUCUAGGCUUAUUGCACACUCUCUGUGGUAUUUUAUAGAAGCUAUUACAACUGAUAGGUUAGCUUCAUGGUAUUGAUGAUACAUGGCUUAACCAUAGUAAAAGCUGCCUUCUCUCUCUAAAUUGUAAAAAGGUGAUUAAGUUUCACUUGAUGGAGAUACACUAUAUAUGUAUGUUUAUCAUAAACUUUAGUGUAUUAAGGCCAUAAACUGUUUUCCUGGUCUCUGUUUUAUUAUAUUGAAAAUUUUACUAAAGACAAUGGAUUCCUUCCGUUUUUUCGUUUUGUUUUGUUUUUUAAUCUU